GUGUUUACCAUCAGAGCUCAGAACUGGAGCUGCACGUACGAGCUCGAGCCACCGCCGAAGGAGGAAGUUCGCGGUCGAAAACACUGAUUAAUCCGUCCGUUUCCAGCACCGCGUCGACAAAAGCACCCGCGACAGCCGUGGAAACCCUUCGCGUCCCUCCCCCGAACCGCUUGGAGCAGCUCAUGCGAAAAGUUCACGAUGAAAACCGAAGUCUCCACUGCUGCUAACUUCGUGACCCGUCUGCUGAGAGGAACGGGGCUGCUUUCGGAAGAACAGCUGCAACAGUUCAGAUACUCUUUGGAAGAGUCUUUGGGGGAUCAUUAUCAGCACCACUGGUUCCCAAAUGCGCCCUACCGAGGUUCUGGCUACAGGUGCAUCCGGAUCAACCAUAAGAUGGACCCUUUGAUAGGCAGAGCGGCCUGUACGAUCGGACUCACCAAAGAGCGGCUCUUUUCACUGCUGCCUAGCGAACUCACCAUGUGGGUCGACCCCUACGAAGUGUCCUACCGGAUCGGGGAGGACGGGUCCAUAUGCGUCCUCUAUGAGUCCGCACCUCCGUCGGACGCUAACCCGGCGGACAGCUGCAAAGACGAACUGAGAAUCGGACGCUCGAGUCCGUCCAAAUCCUUCGGCAUGAUGACCUGCUCUAGCUGAAGGGCCCUUUUUAGUUAGCUGACUGUGAGCGCAGUAAAUCAGGCAUUGCUCACGUUCGAUUUCUUUUUAAACCUCAUGUGUUUUUUGUUUUUUAAGACAGAUCUUCUUUUUUUUUUUUUUUUUUUAUCGAUGGUGAAA